UGCCAUCUUCCUCGUUGUUUCACUACCACUACUUGGCUCCUAGCUUCUUACUCUCACAUCCAUCUCGUUGUUGCAUUUAGCAGCUCCGUUUCAUCGAUCCCAUACUCCUCUGCCAAUCCUGCUUGAUUUGGCUACCCCCGAACCGAAGCGCGACACCGGCUAGGACAAGGGAAAAAUAUGACAAGCUUGGUGGAAAUGGUGGGAUCGACAGUUGUGCAGGAGGCUGUGAGUGGAGCCGUCUCCUUGGCGCUCCCCAGCGGCGCGGAGAAGGCCUCCCAGGGGCACCUCAUGGAGAGGCUGAAGAUGGCGCACUCCGAGCUGGCUUCGGCGCUCGAGAGAUCUGGCAAGAUGCCCAUCUUCCAGGCAUCGUUUCUGAGUCGCAGGACGAUGUUUAAGCUUGCCCUCCAAGAGUGCCAUGACAUGCUCUACAAGCACAAGCUGCGUGAAGUCGAAGGGGCACCCUCUCUCUUUAAAAAGAUUAGAUCCGUCUUGCCUUUCUUCAGCACAAGAAAAGACUUGUUGAGCAGCUCCGACGUCGCAAGAUUCGAGUGGUUCGUGGAGAAGGCCAAGGAGUUUGUGAAAGACUUGGAGACCUGCUGCUCACUCGCCCACUAUAGGUUGUAUCUCAACCCUCUCAUCACACACCUCCUUCAAGGCAGUACCCUCUGGUACCACAUGGUGCAAGGAUGCGAAACCCGUGGCCUUCUCAUAGAGGUGAGCCGUUCAGAAGAGCAUGGUUUCGUGGCAUCGCUGAGUUUUAAUUACCACCAUCGCAAGAAGCCAAUGAAAAGUGUGUAUUUCACACUGACGCUACGGCUAUCAGAAAGCACGGACAUAGUUGGGAUCGCCGCUAAAUGCUUGCAAUCGCUUGGUCCGCGAUUCGCAUGUUUGGCUGAAUUGUCGACGGGAGAAGUCGCUCAAAUAUCUACACAGCUCCAGGUUGGGCAUCGGCCAGAGAGGGACGCUCUCGCCUUGCUCGGUAGAAUUUGCCGCCAAGAUCCAUUAUGUUGCACAGCAAUUGAUCCUUGUGCUAACAAGGUCGUCUCAUCCGAGUUAACACAUAGAUUUCCAGAACCAGUUAUCACCAUGCGUUUUGACUGCCAUAUUUCAGCUUCUCUCAACAAGUUGCAGCGCUCAGCUAAUGGGGCCUGGCCGCCUCUAAGGUUCACCGCUACCUUCACACCUCAUUGCUCAAACUUGUUCCUAAGCGCCAGGAGUUUACAGGAAGUGGAGGAAGCAAUACAAACAGAGGCCAUUGAUUGUUUCAUCCGUCAACCUGAGCAGACGGAAUACAAAAUGUAUUGGUUCUCAGCACAUGGUGGUGCAUCCUUCAUUGUUUCAAAGCCGCCGGUCACUGAAAUCGGCGGGCCAAAGACUCGGAUAGCGUUAAAGAGAAAGCGGUAGAGGUUGAGACUUGAGAAUAAAGUGCUCAAUUAGCCUAUAUAUGUACUAUGAGAAUAAGAUGCAUGGUGUGUUUAUGUACAAUCAUGCAUGGUCCUAAUUCCCAGCUAGCUAGCUAGGAUUAGCCACUUGGUUGAACCCGGCCGGUAUCAUCAGGACUAAAAUGGCAUCCUGAGUCCCAUACAUCGCCUCAUGAUUCGUGACCAGAAUUUUGGUUAAAACUGGUUAUCGGCCUGGACCAGUAAAUGGUAUUUCCGUCUAAAUUCUACAGGAUUUAA